AUGUCAAUCUUCGCUAUCCCGUCGCCCUUCCUCUCUCUCGCCGCCCUUCCUGUCUCCCGUCGCCCUUCCUCCCCGGUCGCCCUUCUUCUCUCUCCUCCCGCCGCCCUCGCGUCUCAUCGCGAUCGCGUUCCCACCGCACUUCCGUCACCCUCCGUCCCGACUUUCGUCCUUGAUCCCGUGGCCUCGCUCUCGUUCUCCCCAUCCCUUUCCGCCGUCCUCACUCUCUCCCCUGCCUUUCCGUCGCCCUCGUUCUCUCCCCUCCCUUUCCGCCGCCCUCGCUCUCUCCCCUCCUUGACCGUCGCCCUCGUUCUCUCCCAUCCCUUUCCGUCGCCCUCGCUCUCUCCCCUCCCUUUCCGCUGCCCUCGCUCUCUCUCAUCCCUUUCUGUCGCCCUCGCUCUCUCCCCUCCCUUUCCGCCGCCCUCGCUUGGUACCCUCCCUUUCCGUCACCCUCGUUCUCUCCCCUCCCUUUCCGUUGCCCUUGCUCUCUCCCCUCCCUUUCCGCCGCCCUCGCUCUCUCUCAUCCCUUUCCGUCGCCCUCGUUCUCUCCUCUCCCUUUCCGCCGCCCUCGCUCUCUCCCCUCCCUUUCCGUCGCCCUCGCUCUCUCCCCUCCCUUUCUGUCGCCCUCGCUCUCUCUCAUCCCUUUCCGUCGCCUCGUUCUCUCCCCUCCCUUUCCGCCGCCCUCGCUCUCUCCCCUCCCUUUCCGUCGCCCUCGUUCUCUCCCCUCCCUUUCCGUCGCCCUCGCUCUCUCCCCUCCCUUUCCGUCGCCCUCGCUCUCUCUCAUCCCUUUCCGUCGUCCUCAUUCUCUCCCCUCCCUUUCCGUCGCCCUCGUUCUCUCCCCUCCCUUUCCGUCGCCCUCGCUCUCUCCCCUCCCUUUCCGUCGCCCUCGCUCUCUCUCAUCCCUUUCCGUCGCCCUCAUUCUCUCCCCUCCCUUUCCGUCGCCCUCGUUCUCUCCUCUCCCUUUCCGCCGCCCUCGCUCUCUCCCCUCCCUUUCCGUCGCCCUCGUUCUCUCCCCUCCCUUUCUGUUGCCCUUGCUCUUUCUCAUCCCUUUCCGUCGCCCUCGUUCUCUCCCCUCCCUUUCCGUCGCCCUCGCUCUCUCCCCUCCCUUUCUGUCGCCGUCGCUCUCUCUCAUCCCUUUCCGUCGCCCUCGUUCUCUCCCCUCCCUUUCCGCCGCCCUCGCUCUCUCUCAUCCCUUUCCGUCGCCCUCGUUCUCUCCCCUCCCUUUCCGUCGCCCUCGCUCUCUCCCCUCCCUUUCCGUCACCCUCGCUCUCUCCCCCCCCUUUCCGCCGCCCUCGCUCUCUCUCAUCCCUUUCCGUCGCCCUCGCUCUCUCCCCUUCCUUCCGUCGCCCUCGCUGUCUCCCCUCCUUUCCGUCGCCCUCAUUCUCUCCCCUCCCUUUUGUACUUGCUAUCUCCCCUGGCAUUCCGCGGAUUUUUCUCACGCAUCUCUCCUCUCGCGUCCUCGUUUCUAUUGCUCUAUUUGUCUCUUCUCGAGACACCUUGAAAUUCUCUGUUACAUGCAGCGAUGGUUUUCACAUGUUGUUAUUGCCGCCCUAG